AUGAAGAGAAACCUCCUCAUCAUCCUCAUCAUCGCAUCAGGUGUGUUCGGUGCUGAUCAAGUUGGACCAAAUGAUCAAGGGACUGAUGUUUUUGGAAAAGAGGGAGAAUCUGUUACACUGAAAUGCUCUUAUGACUCAAGCAGUGAUUUUGUUUGGCUCUAUUGGUACAGACAGUAUCCUAACAGAGCUCUCCAAUAUUUACUGUAUAGAGGGGCCCGAUCAAAGAGUGGUUAUGAUGACACCGCAGACAGUAGAUUUGAGUCUACUGCAUUGAGAUUAUCCACUGAGCUCAGUCUGAAAGAAGUAAGACUGGCAGAUACAGCUCUCUACUACUGUGUUCUCAGUGUUGAAGUUCAGAAGCCCAGUGAUACAAAGUCUCUGAGAUGCUUUACAAAAACUCUCACACCUUCUGUUUCCUUUGAACACCAGGAGAUUAAAAUGGUCAUCAGUGUUCUAAGCUCUAGCCCUGGGCUUCUACUGUCCUGCACGGUGUCCUUACCCUUACACAGCACAGCUCAUCAGAUAAUUAUGAAGCUCUUCAUCAGCUGGGUCAUGUUGGAGCAGGAAAUUAUGCAGGACAGUGGGUCCUCAGAUCUGGAGCAGAGAACCACUCAUCAGCAGAGUUCAGAGAGAUUUCACUCCAAACUCAAUUCCAGCACAAGAAGAGCUCCACUGAUGAUCCAGAAGCUGAGUGUGAGUGACUCUGCUGUGUAUUACUGCGCUCUGCAGCCCACAGUGACUACAUAA